AUGAAUCCAAACCUCAAUCCAGCCUCUUCAGGGUCAAAUGACUUGUCCCACCGCUCGUCUCUUAGUGGACAUCGCAGCUCGCCUCAGAGCACCAGACCUUCUAUCUCGGAGGGUCGUCGACGCUCGCACUUGAACUUGAAUGACUCGCCGUCUGCUCUUGCUAGUGCAGUUAAUGCAGCUGGUGGAGGCAUAGAGCAUUACGAACAUCGCUCGCCUUCGUUCAGCAACUACUUUCGUACCGCCAGCCCAUCGAGUUUGGGUGGCAGUCCGAUCAUUGCAACUGGGGACCCGCACCAUCAGCGUGCCCCGUCUUUGGGAGAGUUGCAUCAGGAACUCGAGCAAGAGCAAGAAGCACAAGUUAACCGCCUCCUCCAAAUGAUCCGCCAACAACAACUCCAACUCCACCAACUCCAGCUCCAGCAACAGCAAGGAGGCCAGCAGCCCUCCUCCGCUAUCAUCGACGACAAUCACAAUAACAACAACAACAGCAAUCUCACCCCCAGCUCCGAGCGCUCUCAUCAUCAAUUUCCGACCCUCCCUCCCCUCCCGACUCCAGGUAUCUCUCGCUCAUCCACGGUCCAUUCACACUCCCACUCCCCUUUCUCAACUCGUCGAGGAUCCCGCGGCUCCGAAACUGCUGCACCUGCUUAUCUGCAAUCUUUCUCUGCUGCUGCUACGCCUGGAGAGUCGGUGUUCGAUUUGAACGAUUUGGUUGAUCGAGAUAGACAGCACGACACCUCUGUUGCACCAGCUCGUCGCAGUAGUCUGGAUGAUAGCGCUUAUUAUCAGGCGCAGGUCGACAGCCUCAAUCGCGACAAUAGGAUGUUGAGGGCGAGGAUUAGAGUGCUUGAGAGGCAGAUCGCGGAGUUGCAUUCUUCUGCUGCCGCUGCUGGAGGUGGAGGUGGUGCUGCGGCGGAUACUGAGACUGCUACUGCUGCUGUGACAGGCGAUGGAGCUACUCAUGACGAACCUGCGGCGGAGAAGAACGUUUCGGGCUGA